CUGCUCUCCUGACGCGCCAGAUUGUCCUGGGCCAUGGGGACACCAGGCUGCCGGGCGAGCAAGACAUUCGGCUUCGGCCCCUUCGGCCAGGCGAAGGCCGCUACCUGCCGGUGCUGGCAGCGUUGGACGGGACGCUGUACUUGGAGCCCCGCAGCACGACCAAGCCGCCCUGCGUGUACAUGCCUGCGGAGCACGAUGUCAUUCACCUCUCUCCAACAGUCAGCAAGAUGCCUGGGCAGUCGGGUUUCAUCGCGUGCGGACCGCCAAUGGAUGGCCAGAAGGGCCUCCACGGCAAGUCGCCGCUGCACUUCGCAGUGAAGGUCAAGGCCAAGUCACGAGCCGAGUACUCGUACACCACGUUUCACACCAUUGAGGUGCAUGGUCCUGGAGAGUUCGGCAAGGCAAGCCGGCCGCUUGAGGCAUCCAUCAAGGUCACACCCACGGCCCAAGUCACCAACUCCCUUCCGUACCACAUGGAGGGCUACUUCAUCACCGUGAGCGGUCCUGGCAAAGAGCCCGAGAUGGGCAGCAGCAGCCUGGAUACCGAGUCCAACCGCGUAGCCGGCGCUCCCGACAACCCGCAGUCUGGUGGCGCCGCCAACAGUAGUGGCGCAAUGUCCCCAACGUUGGCCAGUGACUUGCACCGGCGACUUGGGCGAUUCCGACGCAUGGAGGCAGCCACUGCGGGCAGUUCAGGGGAGGAGCGACAACGCGUCCUGUUGGACAUGAUUGAGCUUGUAGCACUCCUGAAGCCAAAAGAGCGCGUUCCUGACAUGGGCACAUUUACGGCUAACGAGGUGAAGUGCUGCCUGCUGGCCCUUUUGCGUUUUGAACUGCGCUGGGCGGCCAAGCGCGGUGCCAAGGAGAUGGAGCUGCUUAUCCGCACCGACUCCGAGCCUGCCGACAAGAUCUCCUGGCAUGAUCUCAGUGCGUUCAUCGAAUGGGCCAAGCACAACGUCCGGCGUGUGAACGUCCAGCCUGGCACCACGCAGGACUUCCACGUGGACAUGCACAAGCAGGGCAUCCUUUGCAUCAAGGUGCCGGAGCUUAAGCUCAUCUCCUCAAGGCCUGUCGAGGUCAGCUAUGGUGUCGGGACGACAAGCAGCCACGAGGCAGAGCAGCUGCCUGAGCUGAUGCGCCUCAUACGUAACGACGGCGUCGAGUCGUUUAACGACGUGAUGCGCGGUAUGCAGCUGCGCAACCGCAUGGAGGUGCAGAAGCCCCUGUUGCAGGUGGUGAACCAACAUGUUCGGGACACCGCCGGUGCCAUUGGCAAGAUCGGCACCACCGUACGCGGGGCUCUGGAGACGCUUGGAGGACCGACGCCUUUGAAGGGAGCGCCAGGGUCACCACGUGCGGAGGGCCCGGCGGCAGAGUCGGCGGCGUUUUGGUCAAGUCACCCGGAAACUUUGGUCCGUGUUGAAUUGACGGUCGAGCCUGGGCCUUGGCCGGGCAGCGGCGGUGGCGCCAGCCCUCAUGGCUUGGAAGCAGCACCUGGCAUCGUUCCAACGGAGGUUCUCGCAGUAGCUCCUGGACCUACGUCCACCACUGCCGGUGCUGGGCCUUUAGCUGAAGCGGAUGAAUUGCCGGAUAAUGCUGCUACUGCCGCCGAUGGCAUGGACACCGCACCGCCAGGCUCGCCCGCAUACGUGGCAAUUGUCAUGUCGCCAUCUGGAACCAGCUCCGUUCGCGGCUCCAGCGCUGCCAGGACUACCGUAGGUGGUGCAGUGCAGCAAGUUGCUACGGAUGAAUCCACGGCUGCGGUCGCUGCGAAGGAGGCAAGGACCCCGUCCACUGGUCUGCUGGGCAUGCUCGGGGCGUUGGCUCGCCCGACUGCUAACGCCCCAUCCAGUGGACGUCAUUCCGCGUUUGCUUCCGCCGUCGAUGUCGCAGCAGCUGCAGCCUGCGGUGACAUGGUGGCACCGUCGCCUGCAGCUGGGGCCACGGCGCCGCUCUGCACAGAAGAGGUCCAGCCUGAUGCCGCCGCCCAGCACCAGUCGGAUAGGGCAGCAGCCGCUCGGUCGCUUUUCUCGAAGAAGCCUAUCUUGCGCCUCCUCGGCUUGGCAGGUAUAGGAAAGGCAAAAGAGGCCAAGACCACCACGGCGGCGGUGUUGGCUUCCGGCGCCUUGGAACGCACGGACCUCCCUGUCGACGAGGACCUUGGACAACCAGUCCAUGUUGCCGCAGCAGCAGCUAAUGCCGAAACGGCGAGGCUGUUGCCUGUGGAACCCCCCGUGGUUAGCCAGGAGCCCGACUUGACGCCACCGCCCCAACCAGCAGCCGAAGAGCAGCAUGUCCGCAUCCGCUUCCAUUACCGGCCAUCAGCGGUGCCCGCAGCCCCGGCCUUCGUCUACCGCAUCACAAAGCGCAUCCAGACGAUAUUCGACAGGAUGGUGCCUGGAGUCAUGAGGGAUGGGCCGGAUGGAGCGGACCGAGUCCACUCUGCGAGCAGCAUGCGGCGCGGCGGUAGCAUUAUCUUCCCACGGGCGCGCCGCACGGAUAGCGUCGCGCUCUCCAGCCAACGUGCUUUGCAUGUGCGUCUGCAAGUAGUGCCCGCAACGGAGAAUGCUCCCGAGCGCGUUCAGUUGCAGCUGGUUGCGGCUGGAGCUGUGUCGCAGCUUAGCAGAUUGGUAAGAUCCCCAGACGGCAGACCCUCUUCGCGCGCUAUGGCGGUUUCAAGGCGCCGCAUCACAAUGGGCCCCAGCGCCUUGCCCCGGGCCUUCCUGCGCUCGAGCUUGCCAACGACGACUGGUCUGGGC